AGUACGAACCAAGAACAAGAAGUGGAACGGCAUUUGAGAAGAGAAGGAACAAGCCCAACAAUCAAUGGCUUCUUUCAGAUUACUGUUACUCCCCACGACCCUCUCCCCUCUGACUCUGUCACCACCAAUCCCCUCUCUACACGUGUCACGUCUCCGUUGUCGCCUUGCUCACCUCUCUUCUCCUCACCGCCGGGUGUCAAGUUCAAGACCAAAGCCGAAGCCGAAGCGUAAUUUGGUCAGCUCACAGCUCAGGUAUCCUAUCAUUGCUCCGGACGACCAUUGGGGCACGUGGACCGCUCUGUUCUCCGCCGGUGCUUUUGGCCUCUGGUCUGAGAAGACCAAGAUUGGGAGCAUGGUGAGUGCUGCACUUGUGAGCACAUUGGUUGGACUGGCAGCGAGUAAUGCAGGCGUAAUUCCUUACGAAGCGCCGGCAUAUUCCAUUGUCUUGGAGUUCCUUCUGCCCUUAACUAUUCCGUUGCUAUUGUUCAGAGCCGACUUGCGUAACGUCCUUCGCUCAACUGGCACACUUCUCUUAGCCUUUUUGCUUGCAUCAGUUGCAACUACAAUUGGAACUUUAGUGGCGUUUCUCUUGGUCCCUAUGCGUUCACUUGGUGCAGAUAACUGGAAAAUAGCUGCUGCCCUCAUGGGAAGUUAUAUCGGUGGAUCUGUUAAUUACGUUGCAAUUUCAGAGGCCCUUGGUGUCUCUCCAUCGGUUUUGGCAGCAGGAGUAGCAGCGGAUAAUGUUAUUUCUGCAAUAUAUUUCAUAGUUUUAUUCGCAAUUGCCUCUAAAAUACCUGCGGAAGAUUCAACAAGAACUAACGAUGCUGCCAUGGAAACGGAAUUUGACUAUGGUGGUGGUAAGCUUUCGGUGUUACAGAUCGGUACAGCUGUUGCUACAUCUUUUGUGAUAUGUAAAGCUGGUACAUAUCUCACAAACUUGAGUGGAAUUCAAGGAGGCAGCCUUCCAGCAAUAACUGCUAUUGUUGUCGUUUUAGCCACACUUCUCCCGAGACAUUUCGGUCGCCUUGCACCCGCUGGCGAUGCGAUUGCUCUCGUUCUGUUGCAGGUAUUUUUUGCUGCUAUUGGUGCAAGUGGGAGCAUAUGGAAUGUGAUUAGCACUGCACAUGGUGUUUUCGUGUUUGCUCUAGUUCAAGUAACCAUCCAUCUUGCUUUAGUUCUUGGUUUGGGAAAGCUGUUUCGGUUGGACUUAAAGUUGUUGCUUUUGGCAUCAAAUGCCAAUAUUGGAGGCCCGACAACAGCAUGUGGAAUGGCCACUGCCAAAGGAUGGGGGUCCUUGGUUGUCCCUGCAAUCCUCGCAGGCAUUUUUGGGGUUACCAUUGCAACUUUUCUUGGCAUCGGUUUCGGAAUAACGGUUCUCAAACACUUGUAGAAAUUGCAAUUUCCAUAUCUUGUAACUCUUAUCUUUCUGUAAAAAAUUGU